AUGUCUCGAGAAGAAGGAGCCAACCUCCUCCCUCGAGAGGCCGAUGAAAGCCCAGGUCACGCCGACGCCUUCACCGCUGGCGUUAGUCCGGUGAGGUCGAUAAAAACGGAAAAGUCUAACUCCAGCUCUAGCUCUGGCGAUCCCGGUGAGAUAAACAGCGGCUUGGAGGUGGCAAGCCCUCCGGUGAUUGGGGUCAGCACAAGGAUCAAGGGAGCAGGGAAGAACAGUGCCGCCGUCAAGAGAGAGGAAGGUGGUGGUUGUGCUGGCGUCCGUAAUGGCGUCGGCAGACGAGGCAGCAACGGGAAAGGCAAGAGCGCUCUGGACAUGGAACACGCGCUGCAUAUUUGGACGGAGAGGGAGCGGAGGAAGAAGAUGAAGAACAUGUUCAGCACCCUGCAUGCUCUCCUCCCCAAGAUCCCAGGCAAGGCUGACAAGGCCACCAUCGUCGGGGAGGCGAUCGGCUACAUCAGGACUCUGGAGGACGUCGUCCUCAAGCUGGAGGGCCUGAAGAUGGAGCGCAUGCGCGCGCAGCACUGGGCAUCAUCGGCAGCGGCAGCUGCCGCCGCCACCGUCGCCGGCGAGGGGUCCUCUCAGGCGCCGCGCCACGCCGCCGCCACCGCCACCGCGCCGGCGGUGAACACGCAGCAGCAGCAGGCCGCGGUGACGGUGGCGGCGGCGGGCCCGGCGCCGGCGCUGCAGACGUGGUCGGCGCCGAACAUCACGCUGACCAUGGCCGGCGUGGACGCGUUCAUCAACAUGUGCCUCCCGCGGCAGAAGGCGUCCUUCACCACGGUGGCGUUCGUGCUGGAGAAGCACCAGAUCGACGUGGUGACGUCCACCAUGUCCGCCGACCAGGACAAGAGCUUGUUCAGCGUCCAUGUCCGUCUGAACGAAGCCUCUCUUCAAAGCCCCGAGGGUCUGACGCCUGAAGCCAAGUACAAGCUAGCCGUGUCCGAGCUGAUGGUCAGGCUCGCCGAAUGA